CUGACCGAGAAUAGACCCGUCGAGCACACGCAUGUCCUUAUAUCUAUGCAAUCCUCAUAAGUACCUAUGCUACCCCUCGCGCGCUCCAUCAUUUCGAAUAUUUAUCGACCACCAUCGCCCAUUCUCUUCAGCAAAAACGCACUUGGCGUCCGCACAGACUCCAAUAACUCCCGUCCCUCGCCCCGUCACCAUGUCGUCAUUGACUGUUCCCAUCGCUACCACCACGCUCAGUGCCAUCGAGCAGUCCAAACGAUUAGCGGCAUACACUGCUGUGGACAAACACAUUCUCCCAGAACAUAAGGUUAUCGGAAUAGGAUCUGGAUCUACUGUGCCCUACGUUGUGGAGCGAAUCGUCGCACAGGGGCGCGAACUUAACAAGGAUCGGGUGUUCAUUCCGACUGGAUUCCAGUCCAAGGAACUCAUCGUCAUGUCGAACCUCAACCUUGGCGACGUUGAUCAAUUUCCUACCAUCGACGUCACUAUAGAUGGUGCUGAUGAAGUUGACCUUGACCUCAACUGUAUUAAAGGUGGGGGAGCCUGUCACUUGCGGGAAAAGGUACUCGCGGAGGCUGCGAAUACAUUUAUUGUGGUAGCCGACUAUCGCAAAAACGCGGAGUACCUCGGGACAAACUUCACUCCUGGCGUUCCAGUCGAAGUCGUGCCAUUCGCAUACGCCCAAGUUUUGCGUAAAUUGCGCGAUGUUUUGGGUUCCCCCAACGCUACCCUGCGCAUGGCAAAGGCCAAAGCCGGUCCUGUGGUAACAGACAAUAGCAAUUUCGUCAUUGAUGCGCCUUUCUCCAGAGAGAUCAUGAAGGACCCUUCCACUAUUUUAGCAAAAAUAAAAAUGCUCACAGGUGUCGUGGAAGUGGGUUUGUUUUGCGAUAUGGCUCAGGCCGCAUACUUUGGUAACGAGGACGGCAGCGUGACUGUGAAGAGAAAGGUCGAGUCCAAGGUCGUCGAAGAAUCAAUUCUUCCUUCAUGAUGACAGCACAAUACGAUUUUCGAUCGCAAGAUAUAGAGAUCAUGGAUAUUGUGUGCGAGACUCCUUGAGGAAUGGAUAUGUGUUUAAAAUAUAGACUGAUUUAUCUUACAUAAAGUCUUAACACUGGAAGCACACAUAAAUUUUGAAAAAUCAGAAAAAAGGUGUCAAUAAAUUUCUUGUUUUUGUGUCA